AUGGCGAAACCCCCAAUUCUGUCAGCUCCGAAGCCUGGUGAGAUUCUUAUCAUGUACUUAGCCAUUUCCAGCAUAGCCACGAGUGCAGUAUUGAUUAGAGAAGAAGGUAAGAAUCAGUAUCCAAUCUUCUACACCAGCAAGACAAUGACAGAUGCAGAAACGCGGUAUAGCAAAGCAGAGAAGAUUAGACUAGCAUUGGUAUGUGCAAAAAGGAAACUUCGACACUACUUUGAGUCGCACAGCAUCAAAGUUCUUACCAACUACCCCAUACAAGUCAUUUUUUCUAAACCGGAUUUAUCCGGAAGAAUAACUAAAUGGGCAAUCGAGCUCAGUUCUUUUGAUAUAUCCUACGAACCGAAGGUGUCGCGCAAAAGGCAAGCACUAGCUGAUUUCCUCUUGGAAUAUGAAGAUAAGCCCAAGGAGCCAAGCCCUUCCGAGCCACAAUGGGAGCUUCGGGUGGAUGAAUAUGAGGCCCUGCUCACAGGACUCCGGUUAGCAAGCCAGCUUCAGGUAAUAGGCCAAUAUCAGCCCAAGGAGGAUAGAAUGAAAGCCUACAGAGAGGCUGUGGAGAGUGCCACACGAGGGUUCGAUCAGAUCGAAUUCUAUCAGAUACCUCACGAGGAGAAUUCUGAAGCAAAUCAGUUGGCUGCAGCAGCAUCUUCUUCAGAUGAAGAUUUGGUCCGGAUCGUACCAAUUGACAUCCUGGAUGAACCAAGUAUAAGCCCUCGGCAGGAAAUAAUGGUGAUCCCAGAUGUUCCACAUGAACCAUGCUGGAUGGAUCCAUUGGAAGCUUACCUUAAAGAGGGGACCCUUUCGAACCCGAAGGCUGAGGCAUGUAAACUCAGGCUCACCGGAGCUAAAUAUGCUGUCAUCAAUAAUCAAUUACACCGAAAGUCAUUCUUAGGUCCUUACCUGAAAUGUUUAAGUCCCACUGAGGCUCUCACGAUUUCGAAGCAGAUUCAUAACGGGGAUUGUGGCAAUCACUUUAUAGGUAGGUACUUGGUACAUAAAGUUCUAACUCAAGGUUAUUUCUGGCCUUACUUGGCUCGGAAUGCUGAAGAGUAUGCCAGAAGAUGUGAUAAGUGCCAGUGA